AUGGCAGGGAUCUUCGACAGGUUUCGUUUUUCCAAACGUGAGGGCGACGACGACACAGAAAGUACUAGGAAUAUUUCAACAACUGUUGCAGGUCCUGCAAAAAGGCGAAAGAACAUUCACAAUGAGCUAGAAAGCGAAAUUGGAGCUCAAAGAAGUCACAAAUGGCAAGAACGAUGGCACGCCAUAUGUGACGAUUGUUUUAAGCAAGUUCGACCUUGCAAACACUACUCAGAGCGUCGCCUGCGCUUGCUUAUCGUAGGGCACAAUCCCUCCGAUCACGCAUGGAGGACUGGCUAUUCAUAUAGCAAUCCAACUAAUCGCAUGUGGAUGCUAUUGACUGGAACCAUGUCACCUUACUCUUGGGAGGGAAUUAUUCCAUCAUCGGCAAAAAUUAGGUACACCAACAACAACCCGGAAAUGAUGCUUCAAAGUUCGGCAAAGCAACAAUGA